AUGGGUCGCGAUCCGACACCAGAGGAAAUACGAAAAAUUGCAAAGAGGGCAAUACGGGCAUUUUCUGACCUUGGAUACGCCUGUUGUCUGUUUGGCAGUACAGCCUGCAUGAUGUAUGGAGUCGAAAGAUGUCCUAAUGACGUAGAUAUCAUCGUCUUCGGGCACAAUCUCGACCCCGAACACUUGAAAAUCGAGCUCGCAAAUGAGGACGACGACUUUUACUUGGCUUUCGCGCGAAGUCGUAAUGCAAACUACAAAGUGGUGUGGUUUGAUCUGUCCUCUGCUGCGGACGAACCUCGACGUAAGUGCAAAGUAGACAUCCUUGUCCCGGGGAUCCUGGAGAUACCCAACACGCCUAUCAAACGCAUCAAGCAUCAGCGAGGAAUGCUCGUCCUGCCCAUCCUACCCCUGCUCCUCAUGAAGCUCAAGGGAUGGAGUGACCACAUCCAGGCUAAACGACCCGAUUUGCGAGCGAAACGACAUGUCGAUGUUGAAGAUAUUGCGGAACUUCUCCGGAUUGCCUGUCGCCGCGGCACCCGUAUCCGCAGUCGCAGCCUUCGAUGGCUACCUCUAGACUUCUUAGAGGCGGCUCAAGAACGUGUUUUAAAGUACACGAGAAAGUUCCCAGAGACGUCGGAACAGUGGAUGCAGCUUGGGUUUGAAACCUAG